CUCGAUAGGCGGUCGGCAACUUGGACGGAGAGUGAGAACAAGCUUGGUUCGGCAAUCCGCAACUGCCGACUGUUUCGAAAGGUGUGAGUUGCGCUGUCGUGCUCGUUGAAGACGUUUCGUCCUACUUGUUUUACAUUUCUCCUGGUAGUCUAUUGACAGUUUUCUCGGGUGUUGGUCCAGGUCCGACGGCUCUGAGCUGACGCGCGGACUCGGCAUCGUGCUUGUAGACCAGUAUCUUUGACAUUUAACUUUGCACUGCUCUGGCUAGAAAGAAUCUGGCUCCGUACCAUACAGCGGCAUGGCUACAGUCAAGCUUGCUACCCUUGUUAUUCGAACACUUGCGAAGCCCAUCUCUUCGCAACUAAAGAACCAGGCAAAGCAGCACGAAACCUUCCGUUCUAUAUGUAUCUCCCUUGCUCAGAGGAUGCAUAUGACCGAAGUUAAGUUGAGGACGAAUAUCCUCGGUGAACCGGCCAGGCAACAUGUCAAGCCAUUAUCAGAAACGAGAGCAGUCGAAAACGGUGCCAACACAUUAGCAGAAGGUUUCUUAUUUUCAGUUGCCGCACUGUUAAUAAUAGGCGAAACAUGGCGAUCGUCUCGAAGUCAGUCUAAACAGCGAGAUGACGUUAACGAACGGAUCGAGGAGCUCUCUGCGAACGUCGCAUCACUCACAGAGCGUCUGGAGAGAAUCCAGGAAAGCUUGGGGGAUGUCGAAUCAGAACGUGCGCGGAAUAAUGAGCUGGCGAGGAUUGUUGAGCGAGUGGUGGAGAUCGGCCUUCGAGGAGGGUGGGCAGAGUUUGAGGAUACACCAUUGAAGGUCCCCAGGGUGGAGCUUGCGCCGACCUCAUCGAGGGUACCACCCUGACAUUGACCGUCCGUGAGUCAACUUCACGGCUAGAAUACCUGUGCCCUCUUGAUCUGUGUAGAGGUCGUCCGAGUUUUUGCUCGGACUUUGACCACUUGAUUGUGCUGCUAAUUCCAGCGGAUGUGUCUCCGCAUAGUCCUUGCCAUAUCCCUUUGCUAUUUAUAUCCGAAUAAUGCAGCCCCUCUCAAAACUA